UCCUCUCUGCACGAACGUACGUCGAUUAAAAUUCUUGUCGCACGGCGAGCGCGCAUAAUUACAUGACGACGAAGAAAACGAGAGACCUUCUGGGGUUCGCGAGAUAUGCGCAUGAAAAGUUACUUUUCAGAGAAAAAUAACUAACUCGGGCAACGAUAUCCUUGACUCGACUAUUGUUGCCUCUCCACAAAAAAAAAAAAAUAAAGUUUUACCUGUUCCGAAAAAGAACAGAGAAAAGUGAACAUUUGUUCAGCUUGCCCGAACAAUCCGGACGGAUCUUCGUUCGCUCUGUGAAAAGCAGAGAGACCAGAUUGUGAACGUUAUCUGACCAGCUUGAGUGCUAAAAUAUUUGCCUUGGUUUAUCUCUACAAGCGCCGGUACCGCUACCGCAUACAACGUCUGACUACAUAGUCACAGAAGUACGGUCUGUGUCUCCAUUUUUCAACCAACAUUCUUUAAAUGAGAUAUUCAAUUUUUUAAAACCUUCAACAUUUGUAAAAACUCUAUUAAAUUUAACGUUUUGCGUUAAUUUUACUCGGAUUUUUUUUUACAUUCGCAACUCCCAAGUAAAUUCACAUCAAGUACCUACUCGGGCGUGUUAAAAACUCGAAUUCUGGAAAUUUAUUAACCCUCGAAGUCAAUUGCUCCAAUUUCGUCGGAACGAAACGUGGAAAAAAAGAAACGCAGAAAUUUUGCGCCCGUGUCUGAAACAUUUUCGAUCGAUACGCGUCUCUUGUGUCUCUAAACAUCGCCUAUCUCCGGCGACCUUAUCAUCGUCGCUAUAGGCAUUAUACCUAUACGUUCGCUCGUGGAGAAACGAGGAGAUAGGUGGAAGAAAAGAGACGAGAGAUCGGAGAGAUAGAGAGUAGAGGGAGAGAAACGGUCAGGUAGACGCAGCGAGUGCAAAAGUGAAAAAGAAAGACAGAGAAGUGGAUAAACGAAUAAGGUGGAUAGAGACGGGCGAACAACUCUACACACCUGCAUUCCACUCCUUCGCUUUUUUUUGCGAACAAGCCCGCUGCAUCGAGAGAGACCGACCGUGUUCGUGGCGCAUUCAAGUUCGACGUGAAGUCGUUUAUGCGCGUAAUCACGAAAGUGCGAAACCGCUGGCUUAUACGCGAGCAACCAGCACCUAUCUAAAUAAGAUUUUGUCGUUUGUCACCGUAGUGUAGUUGAAAACUGGGUUGUUAUAAAUAUCGCGAGACGGAUACGCUAAAACGAUAUAAAUCAUCCCAGCGGUCGUGUGAACUCGUAUAUACAACAAUAACAAAAGAACAAUAGUGAAACGUAUAACGCAACACUGUCGGAGUGGAAACAGCGCAAAAGUAGGAAGCGCCGCGUGAAACACAUGUUCCUUUCAUGUAUGUCACGCUAAGCAACGAUUUAUGGCGAUAUAUGGAAGGAAAUGUCAGCUCUUCACGGCAUAGCAUGGAGCUUUCGAUUCCCAUCUAUGGGUACUCUGCAGAAUUUAGGUACGAGCGGCCGACGGCGCAAGCGAAACGGUCUCGAGUCGUCCGAUUCGUGUAAGGAUCUUCGGGGAAAGAGACACACCAUACACCUGCAGCCGGACAUAGUCAUUCAGAGAGAACCGUGCUUGAUUGUGACCCCGCCGUCGCCCGACGACUUCCCCGCGAACAGUAACCCCGGAACGCCGGUGGAAAACGGCGACGCGAAAGAACAUCGCAACGUAUGUCCUCGAAGUGAAAAGGAUUCGCCCCCGACGAAGGCACCCGAGAGCAACAACUUGUCUCCGCUGAUGGAGCCACCUGAGGAGACCACGCGCAAACUUUUGGAAAGAGAAUUACGACUGCUCGAUCCACGAGAUCUUCGAUCGCACGCUUGGUAUCAUGGCAGUACGUUACGGGGCGGUCGGAAAGGUGCGGAAGCGGAAGUGUCGAACGACGGGGACUUUUUGGUGCGCGAUUGCGCCUCCCAACCCGGCAAUUACGUUCUGACCGUACGAUGGAAGAGUCAACCGCUUCAUUUCGUCAUCAAUCGAGUUGUAAUUCAACCCGAUACGGUUUACGAAAGAGCGCAAUAUCAGUUCGAAGACGAGGCCUUCGACACUGUUGCCGAUCUGAUAACUUUUUACGUCGGCAGUGGCCGGCCUAUCAGUCAGGCUAGCGGAGCUCGUAUUAUCACCCCGAAGCCGAGAUCGGUCCCACUGACGUGUGCCGCAGGACCCACAAGCAAUCAGCACUGUUCUAGUCCUUCCUCGUCAUCCUUGUCCACCGGUUCGCCACCUCGUUUACCCAGAAAACAGCAACGCAGCCAUUCUCUGACCGCUCAGCAUCAUGGCGCGGAACAACAUGUCGUACGGGAAGGUAAUCAACAAAUGGGUCCUCAAUUACCUAUACAAUCCAGCACUCUUCCGCGAGUACCGCCGAUUCAGAACCAGCCGCCUUCCUGUUCCCUGUCUCUGGGCCGACAGAAGAUUACCCGAGUGAUCUCCGAUCCAGCGCUGCAACAGCAGCAACAACAGCAACCACCGAGUCUCAAUCUUCAGAACAUCAUAAAUACAGCGCCACCCAAGCCUCCCAGGGUGCCCUACGUGCCAAAUCAUCAGCAUCAUCAUCAUCACCAUCAUCAUCACCACCAUCAUCAUCAUCAGAGCUAUCAAGCUUCCGGCAGCGACAGCGGAAACGGAUCGGGCGACAGCGAAUUCGAGACCAACAACUCCGGUGGCGCCAGCAAUCCGUCUUCCUCGGCGCCGAUCAAGGGUGUGGUGAUACGUAGUCAUUAUAACACCAACAACGACGGUACAAACGGUAACAACGGUAGCGAGUACGAAUUGUCCGCGGAGGAGCAGCUGGUGGUGGCUGCACCGUCUUUGGAAAUCACGACGAUGCUCGACAUCGAGAGUUUCAAUACGUUGCUGUUGCCAGCGGGUGAACACAGACCUCUGGAUCCGACGGCUUUGAGAGGAGUCUCAGGAAUGUUACUGGACUCGGCACCGAGAGUGCUCGCUUCUCAUCUCACGAAGAUCGAUCUGGAAGUCGCGCUUCAACCCGGUUUUGGAAAUAGAAGCGGAUUAAGUGGUAUCGAACUGGCAACUCUUCCUCACGGUAGACAAGCUAGAAUAGAUCUGAUCGAAAGAUCGGAAUGUCUGAAAUUGCUGGUGGCGGUCACAGUGUUGGCUGGCGCCACAGCUAUAGAAAGAGCAGCUACCAUAAGCAAGUGGAUCAAAGUGGCAAUCGACACCAAAACCGCGCUUGGCAAUCUUUACGGCUUCUGCGGCGUGAUGCUCGGUUUAUGCUUGCCUCAAAUACAAAAGUUAACGAACACUUGGCACUUAUUAAGGCAGAAACAUACAGAGGAAGCUUUCAGUUUCGAGGCAAAGCUCAGACCUACUCUGCGAGCUAUGAAUGAGUGUACGAAUCCACAGGCGCCUAACACAACAUUGCCUCAUCUGCUACCGAUCGCAUUGCUCGGAGAACGCGGUCCCGAAGAUGUUUUAGGCACUGUGACGCCUUCGGGACUUGCGGCAGCAAUUCUUACACCCUGGGAAAAUUCGGCACCCGAUUGCGGCCUGUCAAUUGUCUGGUCUCAUCUCGAGGCCGCUCGCAAACUAGCUGAGAACUUACCGCUUUUCCGUAGAAACGCGGAGAUCGCUUUGGAGGGCUGCAGGAGCGACGAAUUGCUGUCGGACGCGUUUCGCACGGAGUUCCACAUCAAGUUCCUGUGGGGCAGCCGCGGUGCGACAGUCGCUCCCGAAGAACGUCAUCUCAAGUUCACCCAGGUCUUGGACGCCAUGUACGACAAAUGCGUGGCCAGCGAAGUGACUGCCUAAAAACAAACAAAAAA